UAGUACAACCCAUCCAUUUGACAAAACGUAGCCAGUAUGAUAUGUAAAAGAGGAGACGUGUCGAUCAUAGGGAGGUUGUCAUCUCUUUACCUCUACACUUGUCACUUUCCUUUUUCAUUUUUCCCUUCUAAUCUUCUUCUACAUUUCUUUUUGUUCUCCUACACUUGGCUUUAUUUAAUUUUGCACCAUGAGUGGAAGCAAAGAAAUCCUCGACAAAAUUAAGGAGAAAGUUGGUUUAAGUUCAUCUGAUACCGGAAGAGGUAAGAGCAAGAUGUCAAAGAACAUAACCCAUGGGUAUCACAUGGUUGAGGGAAAAUCCCAUCAUACCAUGGAAGACUAUGUUUUUGCACAAUUUAAGCAAGUUGAUGAAAAUGAAGUUGGUCUAUUUGCAAUAUUUGAUGGCCAUUUAAGCCAUGAGAUACCCGACUACCUCCGAUCUCACCUAUUUAAUAAUAUUCUAAACGAGCCUAACUUCUGGGCUGAACCGGAGUCUGCAAUCAGGAGAGCAUACCGCAUAACAGAUAUAACUAUUUUGGAUAAGGCUACUGAUUUGGGGAAAGGAGGGUCCACUGCUGUUACAGCCAUAUUGAUUAAUGGUCAGAAAUUAGUUGUAGCCAAUGUCGGAGAUUCUCGUGCUGUCAUUUACAAAAAUGGAGUAGCCAAGCAGCUGUCCAUCGACCAUGAGCCUGGCAGAGAGAGGAAGAUCAUCGAGGGCAGAGGUGGUUUUGUGUCCAAUUUUCCAGGUGACGUUCCUCGGGUUGAUGGGCAGUUAGCAGUAGCAAGAGCAUUUGGCGACAAGAGCUUGAAGAUGCAUCUAAGUUCAGAGCCAGAUGUAGUGGUAGAUCUCAUAGAUGAUGAUACAGAGUUUCUCAUCUUGGCUAGUGAUGGCGUAUGGAAGGUACUAUCAAAUCAGGAAGCUGCAGAUUGCAUUAAAGAUAUUAAGGAUGCACGGUCAGCUGCAAAGCAUCUCAAUGAACAUGCCCUUGCAAUGGGAAGUACCGAUGAUAUCUCCUGCGUAGUUGUAAGGUUCCAAUAAUUUUCUCUAUGUGCACUUGGUAUAAUGGUGAAACUUGCGCGAAUGUUGAACUUGGCGGAAACCAAGUCAAUGUCUGUGCGACGUAGAGUUUGUUUUAAAUGUAAUAUCUGAAAUAGUUCUUACUUUUCUCAAUGGUUAUGUUACUGUAUAAACGUUUAUGUUCCAACAUCUGAGGCGGUUCGCUCACAAACUGCAAAUAAACAGAAUGUUGUUGCUCGGAUAA